AUGCAAGGGACUUCCUCUCUUCGCGUGGACUUAUCGACGCAGGCGUGUGAUAUCUGUCGCAAACGAAAGGUCAAAUGCAACAUCCAACAGACUGAUCAUUUAUUGUCAUGCCUCAGAUGUGAGCGUCUUCACCUAGCUUGCACGUUUGCAUUACCCUCGAAAACCAGGGGACCUAAAAAGCGGUCCCUCUCAGAGACUCAGCAACAAUGCAUCAUUCCCGCCGCUCACAGAACCGAAGACCUCUGUGAUCGAGGUCUCUUCAAAAUAAUCAUGCAAGAUUAUCUUGAUUACAUCUAUCCCAUGGUUCCCCUUGUACAUCGUCCUUCAUUUCGAAAAGCUCUCCAGGACGACAGAGACCGCGAGGAUGAUGGGUUUCUUGCCCUCAUUUUAGCCAUCGCCGCCUUGGUUGUGGCCACCAUGGCGAGCAGAUUCCAAGCCUACCAAUCAGACACACGGGCAUUGCGAUUUAAUUCACGCAAAGAUUUCGUCCAUGCCUGUUAUCAGAAGACGAUGGGAUUGAGAACAUCCUCGUAUUUCGACCACCUGAGUUUUCAGAAAUUUACAGUUUCAUAUCUGUUUCUUGCAUCCUUCAUGCAGAUAGGAGACCAAAAUUGGUCUCGCAUGGUCACCGUCGAAGCUAUGCAACUUGCACGAUUACUGAAACUACACUCUAUUUCCGAUUACACUGGGCUCAAUUGCAUUGAGACCCAACUACGCAAAAAAGGAUUUUGGGUUAUGUUCUACGGCUUUGUCCAUGGGCAUUUGCAAAAUUUGCACGGCGAGAGACUCACCUACCUGGAUCCAGUGGCACUUCAUUCCAUAAGACCGGACGACCUGAUGCCACUCGAGGUAGACGACGAGUUCAUAUUUGAACACGAGGUGCUCACACCGGAAAACAACGAGCUUUGCUUAGUGACUGGCUUUGUCAUUCACUCACGCGUGUUUUGGGCUGCGAUACGAGACCCUGUCCCAGCCACAACAGGAGGCCACUGUCCUUGUGUCAGAGCUAAGGAUACCUGUCUUCAAAUCUCACACUUUCAGGAUCGUUUAAAUUGCCUCCAAAAACUCGGAGCCAAUAUGCCUUCCUUUCUUCAUAUGUCGGAAUCAACGCAAGAAUCUGCUAACGACGAUGAUACGGAUGAAAGCAAGAGAUCAAUUCAAUCGCAGCUUGGAUCAAUACGAGCAAAUCUACAUGUGACACAUAUCUGGCUCCAGAGUCUCAUACUCGAUCAGUUGGAAGCCGCACAGUUCUAUCCCCAGCGCCGAUCCUCGUCUGCCGAUCGAGUGGGAGACUUGGAUCAUAAAUUACUCUGGGUUGAGAGAGAAAAGCUUUGCCGCCAGCUAUUUUUCGCCCUUUUCAACUCUUCACGUUUGAGUUUGGAGACAAAUGGUUUGCAUUUGGCCAACAAAGUUCGCGAUGUUGUGGCAAGUCUUCUAGGUUGUCCAUUCCCCCCGGAGGAUCCAAUAGCCAAAAAGGCCGCCGAGUAUGUCCAACUCUCCACGGAUGUCCUUUCUAGACUGGAUAGCAGUGAGGGGAUGAAUACGCUGCAUUUGCAGACAUGGGUAGACACAGAUCGUAUUCAUCGAUGA